AAUCAUAUAAUGGACUUCUGGAAUCUAGCAAUCCGAAUAAUUUUCUUAUCACAAAUUACAAUAGGAAUUCUAGGAAAUGUUUCUCUUUUGUUCUUUUAUCUAGUCCUUUACUACAGAGAGUCUAUAUUAAAGCCCACAGAGUUGAUUCUCAUGCACCUAAUGGCAGCCAAUAUCAUAAUCAUUUUAUCUGCUGGAGUGCCCCAAACAAUAACCAUUUGGGGAUUGAAGCAGUUAUUGAAUGAUUUUGGAUGUAAGUUCCUAUUGUACAUUCAUGCAAUUGGUCGAAGUGUGUCUAUUUUCACCACCUGCCUUUUAAGUGUGUUCCAGGCUAUGACCAUAAGUCCCAGGAAAUUCUGUGGAAAGGAUCAUAAAGUCACAAUUGAGAAGUACCUUGGAUGUUUCAUUUCCUUCCUUUGGGUCAUGUACAUCUUGGUAAAUUUAAUUUUCUUUGUGUACACAUUUAUCAAAAAGAAUAGCAAAAAUGAAACAAGAAAACGUAAUUUUGGAUACUGCUCCACAGUAGGAAGUGAUAAUAUUAGUGACUCACUCUAUGCAGCAUUGGUGAUGUGCCCUGAAGUCGUCUUUUCUGUACUCAUUGCAUGGUCCAGUGGCUCCAUGAUUGUCAUUCUGUACAGACACAAGAAGAAGGUUCAAUACAUCUAUAGAACUCGUGUUUCUAGAAGAGACUAUCCUGAGUCCAGAGCCACAAGGAAUAUCCUGGCACAGGUGUUUACCUUCUUGGCUUUUUAUACUCUCUCCUCCAUGUUAAGAGGCUCCAUUGCUCUUUUGCCUAAUCAGAAUUUGUGGCUGAUGAACAUCAAUCACCUCACUUCUCUGUGUUUUCCAACUUUUGGACCCUUUGUUCUUAUGAGCCAUUACUCUUUUGUUUCCAGAUUCAUUUUCAUCUGGUUAAGAAAAAAAAUAUGUUCUUUUUUU